AUGCUUAUCGAAAUUAAACGAGACAAACCCGAGGCGGUGGCGGCGGACGUGUUGGCAGUGCCACUCUGGCAGGGUGCAACAGUGGGGACGAGGGGUGCGACGGCUCAGCUUGACGCGCGUCUUGAGGGGCUGAUCGGCGACUAUAUCGAGAGCGGCGAUUUCAAGGGCACGCUGAACAGCACGGCGCUGCUUCGCACACGCGGCAUGAUAGCGGCACCGCGCGUCCUGCUGAUAGGUCUGGGUGAGAAGUCGCAGCCGCGCGAGUUGGAGCAUCUGCGUCAGGCAAGCGCCAGCGCCGCAACCACGACCCGCAAGCUAGGCGCCGCCAGCCUCGCGGUAUUGCCACCCGCCAUAUCUGCCACUGCCUCCGAGCUUGCACAGGCCGUUACGGAAGGCGCCCUCCUGGGUCUAUAUACAUUAAAGAAAUACAAAACAGUGGAUGACGAGGCCAGCCAGAACGCCCUGGAGCAACUGAUCCUCCUGGCCACCAGCGCAUCGGCCCAAAAGGAAUUACAACGCGGCGCCGAGCGGGGCCAGGUGAUUGCCGAGGCCGUCUCCCUGGCCCGCGACCUGGGCAACAGCCCGGGCAACGACAUCAAUCCUUCCUACUUGGCGACUACCGCCCAGACCCUGGCGGAAACUACGUCGCUGGGCUGCCGGCUCCUGGACCCGUCGGAAAUGGAAGAACUGAACAUGGGCUGCCUGCUGGGGGUCGCACAGGGCAGUGCGCAACCGCCGGCCUUUAUCAUCCUGGAACACACGCCCCGGGGUGCCAACGGCACACCGAUCGUGCUGGUUGGCAAGGGGCUGACCUUCGACAGCGGCGGCAUUUCGAUCAAGCCGGCGGGCGGCAUGGAAGACAUGAAGAUGGACAUGUCGGGCGGUGCCGCGGUGCUCGGAACCAUGCAGGCGCUGGCACGCCUAAAUUAUCCCCGCCGUGUGGUGGGUCUGGUCCCCGCUUCGGAAAAUCUGCCGAGCGGCACAGCCGUUAAACCCGGCGACAUUCUGCGCGCCAUGUCGGGCAAAACCGUCGAGGUGAUCAACACCGACGCCGAGGGCCGUUUGAUUCUCGCCGAUGCCUUGGCGUAUGCCGUGGAAAAAUACAAGCCCGCCUGCAUCAUUGAUCUGGCCACCUUGACCGGUGCCGUGGUGGUCGCCCUGGGCAGCCAAGCCACCGGCAUGAUGGGUACCGACGACGACAUGAUGACGCGGCUGCGCGAAGCGGGUGAGCGCUGCGCGGAACGGGUCUGGCAACUGCCCCUGUUCGACGAAUACAGCAAACAGAUCAAAAGCGACUUCGCGGACAUCAAGAACACCGGCAGCGGACGCGAGGCCGGCUCAAUCAUCGGCGGCGCCUUCCUCAAGGAGUUCGUCGGCGACACCCCCUGGGUGCAUCUCGACAUCGCCGGCAUGGCCUGGACGCGCGAGGGCAAGCCGUACGUGCCCAAAGGAUCAACCGGCUGGGGCAUCCGCCUGCUGCUGGAAACCCUGGAGAGCAUGCCGGCACCGGAUGCCAAGGCCAGGGCUAAGUCGAGAGCCAAAGCCAAGGCAAGCUGA